CUGCAACCACCUCAAAGCCGCUUCCGCCGUUCUCUCGCGGCCAUGGCGCCAGACAAGCGCGCUGCCUCUCCCGACAGCAACGCUUCAGAGCGCCCUGCCAAGAUGCCGAAGCAGGCACCCGUCGACAUGAAGGAGUCUGCUGAAAACAACAAGCUUGCCGAAACGAAUGUGUCCUCUGAAGACACCAAGCCCGCCGAAACGGACGCCUCUGCCCAGAACAAGCCCGUCGGAAUGAGCGAGAAGAAUGAACCCGCCGAGCAGAAGGAGCUUAUUGAAACGAUGACUAUUCCCACCGACAAGAAGCCUUCUCGCUUCCCUCACUUCGAAGACGGCGACGUGUCCAUGUCCUUGGGUGUCGAUCUCACUCUCAAGCUACACGGCGACAAGCUCCGCUCCGCUUGUAAGCUCUUCGCAGACUUCGAUAAACUUCCUGUCCGCUUCAACCUCCCGACCAGCGACGACGUAUUUGCCACCGUCGUUCGACUCGACACCUCCGACACCAACGAGACAUCGCCCUCCAAAAACACCCGUGCCGUGUGUGCCAACGAAGCCGUUUUUCGCUACCUCUAUCAACAGCCUGUGGAAAUCACCGCUCUGCUCGCACGCGGCGUCACUGUCCUCGCUACACGCUAUGGUUGUUUACCCGCUAUCAAGGAUGCGCUCACGAUGGACAUUCUCGAAGCCAGCCUCGGAACACGCCUCUUCCAGGACAUGCCAAUGCCGCUUCUAACGGCCGGAUACUAUCUUCAGAACAAACGCAUUUUCUCGGAGGCUAUGGUGCAUGCCGUAGGCCAUGGUUUGAUGGCUGGUGAAGCUGACAAAACCAUGCCGUCAGUGGUACAAAAGCUACUUGACCUCCACCAAGAGAAUCUUAUGGCGACAAUUGAUCAACACUGGGCUGCCAUGUUUGCUCAGUUGAGAUCAGAUAAUCUUCCUCGCCUUAUAGCUUCCUCGUUCAUCCGCGAAUACAUCUCUCGCAACAAUCUGCAGCUAGGACAUAUCACCAAGGCUGUCUACAAUACGAUGAACUCUCUACGGAAAAUGAAUAGCAACAAGGAGCUACUAAAUUUCCGUACAAUCCAGCAAGUAUGCGAUAUAGACAACGGUCUCCAAAGUAUAAGCACUUUUACCGACCUUAUCAAGAAUUUUGACGAGGAAGAGUACCGAGAUGACCUUUGCGCUGCCGACGCCGCUUUCCAGUGCUGUGUCAACCCACAAAGCGUCGAGGCUGAGUUGAAUUCUGCUCUGGAAAGAAUCAAGAAGAGUCUUAUCCCGCUGUUCAAGGAUGAUAGGGAUUUGGGCUACUUUACUCGCCCGUUUGAUGGCAAGUACCCAUGGGAGAACGAUACAGAAGAGGAAUCUGCUUCGAGCGGUACCAAGCAGGCGUGAGAUUUCUGAAGCCAUUCGUCUGCUCUAGAGAGAAGUCUUCUCACUUUGCAUACCGGUCUUCGUAGGAUAGAAAUCAGCAAGUUGG